UUCAAUAAAAUGUUUACAAAAUUUCUCGAAAUAAACACCGUUUUCUCCACAAAUCCAUUCAUGGUUAUUGUUUUAAAGUGAUCUAAGGAACCAGUUAAUGUUAGUUUUCACGUAUCUGUUGUUUUUAUUGUAAAAGAAAUUGAAAUGUCUUCAUAAUGGUUAUCCGAAUUUAGAUACUUUUUUGCCAAUCUGACAUUUUUGACAGUGCUUUGAGUGCAUUCCAUGUACAUCAAACACCAUACGCCAUGUACACCUUGCACAGACAAUGUAAUAUGUUAUCAGUCAUGCAGUGGCUUCAUUGAUUGUCAUUGUCUUCUUCUUCCUUAUACAGUAAUCGAGCUCCAAUUGGCAUGAUUGGGGCUAACUUAAUCAUCUGGUGUUGCCAAUUGUCUUUCAGCUCAGUUGAUUUACCAUGGAAUCAGAUGACAACGAAGAUGCCUCUCCACCUUCUUCACCGCAAAGGCCAGCUCCACCUCCUCGUAUUGACGGAAGGGACAUCCCUGUUGAUCAACAACUGAGGGAAGCUAUAAACAUUCUGAAAAAUGACAAGUCUGGCAGAAGAACGUUUCGAGGCAAAGUGGACCUGCAGACAGCAUUCGAAACAAUCUACAGCCUGUCCAGUGAUCAUGGCGUGACAGAUGAGAUGAUGGGGGAGAUACUGGACAUUGCAGCUUGUGGAAAGUAUGCUGACACUGUCUGUUCCAAGUUGGUGAAAUCAUUGAUCCCUCGAAUGGCGGUACCGUCAGGUCUGGUUGUAUCAGCAGUUUCCUGGAUCGGGACAACAUACCCUUCACAAGCAGUCAAGGUGUUGAUAAUACGUUGGAUGGUGCUAAUAUUUGAUCGUAUUGAAGACGUUGCCAAGCUACAAGCUCUCUACGGACCGCUGUUCUACUUCACUCAAAGUAAAGCCAUUUGUCCCUACGUCUGCCAUCUCCUGUACCUGCUGACUCGGAAAGAAGACGUCUCGCUUCACCGGAUACGACAUCUUCUAAACCUUCAACAGAAAAUAUAUGUGGGAUCACAAUCUCACAUCAUGGGCCUUCUCUCAAUCUACAAGUUAUACUGCCCCUCCAUUGUGAAUAUCGUCGUACCUAAAGGACGCAAAUCGUUCUUCCGCCAAGUGGAUCGGAACUGGGCGUUAGCGAUCCAGCAGGUCAUGGAGCGUCACGAGGCGCAGACCAGUAUACAUGAACGAACACAGGUCGAUGCUGAUGAUCUUUUAUCACAGUCAAAGAGACGACGUAUUGAAGUCAUACCAUUCGCACAGUCUUCCAUCAUGAACAUGGCCAAACAGAAGUCGACAUCUCCGAGUGACACUGACCCUGUGCCGAUGCAGCACAUCAAUUCGUUUGAGCAGUUGGUGGAGUCGAUGGACAGGAUUGAGUGGCCCAGUCAAAGUGGAAGUGUGUUGAAGAAUAGGUAUCUCCAGCACGUGGUUGCCUGCAACCCAGACCAGAUAUUCAACACAAGAUUCCAGUACUGGUUGGGGAACACAUUACAAGAUGAGGUUCUCCUUCAUCCGUACGGGAACAGAGGCGAGAAAUUGCUAUGGGCUCUCUCAAGCUUUGCAGACUUCAUUCAAGAGGGCGUACCUGUCGUCGAGUCGUUCUUGAUCAAAUAUAUGAACUCGUUGAAUUCUACCCGGUUGAAGCCGUCCCUCCUUGCCCUGUUAAAGAGGUUGCGGCUGCAUUCGUUUCCCAUAUUGCAUGAUCUUAUUCUGGAGCCAUUACGGAAUCUUUUCUUUUCAUCAUCUGUUUAUGUAAAGUGCCAAAUUUUAGUUUGUAUUACUGAGUUGUUUGAGAACUACUUGACGACGGAAAUAUCGCGGUAUCAGCGUGCAGCACUAAAACAGACAGUGUCUCCGGAGAAAUCAGUCGAUAUACCAGAUUUUUACUCAGUUUUCCAGGAAGAAGUCGAAGAACUCAAACCAUACAAGAUUCUCAAAGACACGAUGGCCUACAUGUUGGACAUCUGUAGCCUCGCCAUUCAGGCUGAAGGGUGCCACGUGCUGCUCUCAAACUGUGUAUUCAACCUUUUGGAUGUGAUUGUCUCAGUCUUCCCCAAGUACCGUGUUCCAUUUGUGUUGCUGCCACCAACUUUGUGCAUCUACAGCCCUCUCUUGUCCAACAAUGGACUGACGUUGGCCCGGCUGUGUGAAAACAUGAUCCUGUGCCGGAAGGCCUUCCAGGAUUUGAAAGAAUCCGAAAUCUCAAAUGAGGAGUUCCCAGAAUCGCAGCGAGGCUUUGAUGAAAUCCUGACGUUCAACGGAUACAUACGUAACAUCAUGGACGCAUUGUGGUUGUGUCGCGCCUUCACCGUAACCGAGGACUAUUCGAUAUUCCAGUUGGACCCCGAUCUGAUUCGCAAAAUGACCAUACCUCGUCCAAGUCAUUGUUAUAGUAUCUACCGGAGUCCGGCAAUGAUAGGCUUUGCAUGGGAUUUUCUCACUUUGACGCAGCCUCCAGAUUCCAAAGCUGUUCCAGAUGACCUAAGCAUUAACCCUAUAGACAGCGAUGUCAAUCCCAGUGAGGUAUACUUGAAGUACCUCAAGUCCGAAGGCAUGGACAGCGUCUUCAAGUUCCUCUACAGCUUCAGUCGGAGGCUAAGCAAGACAGUCUGAUGGACGAGGAUUGUGUUGGAAGUAGGAUUCUAAUGAAUUAGUGUCUUCAACUGCCUUUCUAGGACAGUACUACACUGGACUAAUGUCUUCAACUGCCUUUCUUGGACAGUAGUAUAUUGGACUAGUGUCUUCAACUGCCUUUCUAGGACAGUACUACACUGGACUAAUGUCUUCAACUGUCUUUCUUGGACAGUAGUAUAUUGGACUGGUGUCUUCAACUGCCUUUCUAGGACAGUACUACACUGGACUAAUAUCUUCAACUGCCUUUCUUGGACAGAAGUAUAUUGGACUAGUGUCUUCAACUGCCUUUCUAGGACAGUUCUACACUGGACUAAUGUCUUCAACUGCCUGUCUUAGACAGUAGUAUAUUGGACUGGUGUCUUCAACUGCCUUUCUAGGACAGUACUACACUGGACUAAUGUCUUCAACUGCCUUUCUUAGACAGUAGUAUAUUGGACUAGUGUCUUCAACUGCCUUUCUAGGACAGUACCACACUGUACUAAUGUCUUCAACUGCCUUUCUUGGACAGUAGUAUAUUGGACUAGUGUCUUCAACUGCCUUUCUAGGACAGUACUACACUGCCUUUCUAGAAUAGAUCUUGAAUAGAUCCAAGUUGUGUAAGAUAGUAAAGACAUAUAUAAGCAACUUUGUAUAACUGAAUCUGCCUCCCCCUGGCACCUCACCCUUUAAUCUCCCUUCAACAAGUAAUAUGAGACUCGUCUUAUAGCAUUUCAUUGGGCAGGCAGGGGGAGGAUAGAGCUGAUUAUGUAAAUAGAACACU